AUGGUGUCCUUGAUCGAAGCUCAGCGCGAAAUAAUUCUCCAUACUAUACGCCAAAUCACGAGGGGCGACCACGAGCAGUGGAAAGUGCUUGUCCUCGACCAGGACAGUAAACGCCUGAUAGACAAUGUGAUUGACCAGGACCUGAUAUUGAACGAGAAUAUCACGAACAUCGAACAGAUCUUCGACCGCCGGCAAACGAAUUGCGAUGUCGAAGCUCUAUACCUCCUCACGCCCCAGGCGCAGAAUGUCGAUUGCCUCAUGGCCGACUUUGAGAAGAGGAAAUACAAGAAGGCGCAUCUAGUAUGGACGAGCUUAUUACACCCCUCACUACGAGAUCGCAUAGACAAGUCCAGCACUGCGCGCGAUCAGAUUGCACUCUUCAAAGUCCUCAACGUCGAGUUCUACCCACGAGAAUCACAUCUGGUGACGUUUCGCGAUCCUUGGAGCUUCCCGAUCCUGUUUCACCCAGCAUGCAACAACUUGGUCAGGCAGCACUUGGAGGAUAUGGCACAGAAGAUCGUGGGCACCUGUGUCUCACUCGGAGAGUACCCGACCAUUCGAUACUACCGACCGCGAACGCCUACCCACGAAGCCAGCAUACUGUGCUCGCACCUCGCGAGGUUCGUUCAGGAUGAGCUAGACCUAUACGCCAAGUUUCACGAAGACUUUCCACCGCAGACCAGCAGACCUCGGGGAGUCCUCUACAUCACAGAUCGAUCGAUGGAUCUGGUCGCACCGAUUGUGCACGAGUUCACAUAUCAGGCAAUGGCGCACGAUCUGUUGCAGAUCAAGGACGGCGACAAGGUGACCUACAGAACGUUGGUUAAUGAAGGUCAGCCUGAUGAGCAGGAGAAAGAUGUGGAGAUCACAGACAAGGACAAGAUAUGGAUCGACAACCGCCAUAAGCACAUGAAGGAUACCAUCGAGAAGCUCAUGGGAGACUUUCAGAAGUUUAUCAAGGACAACCCCAACUUCACUAAGACUGAAGAUGCCACGAGUCUGAAUGCGAUCAAGGACAUGUUGGCAGGUUUGCCGCAGUUCCAGGAGCUGAAGGAAGCGUAUGCAUUGCACCUUAGCAUGGCGCAAGAGAGCAUGAAUCGCUUCCAGAAGUGGAAGUUACCAGAUCUGGCCUCCGUGGAACAGAUCCUUGCUACUGGGCUUGACGAGGAGUACAAGAAACCCAAAGGCCUUGCAGAUCAGGUCAUUCGUAUGCUGGAUGAAGACGAUGUUAUGCCUCCUGAUCGCUUGCGUCUGUUGAUGCUAUUCCUGUUGUGUAAAGAUGGCCUCGUACCAGCGGAUCUGCAGAAGCUCCUUGCACACGCACAACUUCCUCCACAAGAUGGCGAGGCCAUUCACAACAUGGAACUGCUCGGCGCAAGAAUGUCUCGAAACAUCAAGGACUCCAGGCCUGUACCACCUCCGCUCUUUCCCAGAAAGCCGCCUCCUCCGCAGAUGAUGGAAGAAUACGCGCUCAGUCGAUUCGAGCCAGCCAUGCAAAACAUGCUAGAAGCGCAUGCAUCGAACACGCUCGACGCAACCACAUUCCCCUACACGAAGCCGCCGCUUGAUAUGGGUAAUGAGAUGGCACAACAAUCUGCCACUUCACUGCGGUCAGCCAAGCCAACAUGGGCCAAGACUCGAAUGAACACCAACACCGAGAACAAACAACGAGUGGUGGUGUUCAUGGCCGGUGGAGCAACAUACUCUGAAGCACGCGUGUGCUACGAAGUCGGUCGUCAGACCAAUCGAGAGGUCUUCCUAGUUACAUCACAUAUGCAAACACCGAACCUCUUCGUGCGGCAGUUGGGAGAUCUGUCAACGGACAAGCGACGACUUAACAUACCCGCCGAAAUGCCCAAACCACAGGCGCCACGACAUCUGUUUGAGCCAGAUCCGCAACCGAAGCCAGUCGCGCCGCCACCGCAGCAAGCAGCACCAGUACAGCAAAGGGCACCGGCGCCGCCGACAGCAGCUAUGGGCAACAUGAGCCUCAACGGGCAGACUAACGGCCAAAGUCCUCAGAGCAAAGCCAACACUUCCAGCAAGCUGACGAAGGACCCGGAGAAGAAGGAAAAGAAGAAGCAUCAUUUCGGCUUUGGAAAGAGUCACAAAUAG